CUGCUAUUUGGAAUAAGAAAAGGAAGCACAAAACAAAACCAUGCUGGAACACAUAACAGCAAGUGAAGUAGCCGGCUAUGGAGUUGGUGCUCUUCUCCUUUGCGCCACAAUUUCCGCCCCUAAGAUCGAUUCUUUCAUCUCUGCUUCUCAACGCAGCUCAUUAGGCAUGUGCAAGAGAUGUGGUGAUCUAAGGUUGAUUGCAUGCUCAAAUUGCAAAGGUUCUGGAUCACUCAGACAAGAUGGUGUAUUUAGCUUAAUCACUUCAGAUGAAGUUAAGUCAAAGACGAGUUCUUUGUCAUGCAACAAAUGUGGAGCUAGAGGCCAUUUCCCUUGCCCCGAAUGCAGUAAACUGUAAAGUAAUUUAACUUGAUUGUUUUCGGUUAUCAGGUUUUAUUUGGAAUUGUAUAUUGUCAUUAUUAAUUAUAAACAAAUAUUCUUAGCUUCUAAAUCCUCUAGCCACAAUACUUGUGGAGUAACCUUAGAAGUCUGGAUUAUAAGGUGAUGAAAAUUAUAAUUCAUAACAUCCACAUUAUGUUGAUGUAGGUUUGGAUAUUGAUACAAAUACCCAAUUUGUGGAUUAAUGAAUAGUUUAGGAUCCAAAAC